AUGGUCAAAUUUACGGCCUUUGCGUCCCCCAAAGCAGCUCCAUUGGAGGGCCAGUUCCCGGCCGACAGUCGCACCGGCACCGUCCAUUUGCCCGCCGAUAUCACUAGCGUUCUCAACGACAUUUACGAUGAGCUGCGAGGCAACGACAAGACUUUAUCCAAGGCCAAAUUCGAGCAGUUCCUCCGCAAUAUGCAAGGCGAGAAAACGGUCUCCUUACAAGAUAAAUGCUAUACAGUCGGCGACUUUCAAGCGACGUGGUACUUCAACUAUUCUUGGAAUGCCGCUGCGCCGCUGCCCGACAAGGACUUGACACGGCCUUUGACAGACUACUUUAUAAGUAGUAGCCACAAUACCUACCUGGAGGGACAUCAAGUGUUGUCCAAGAGUUCACCCCAAGCAUACAAAAAUGUCCUGCUCAAGGGAGGCCGAUGUAUAGAAAUUGACGUUUGGAACGGUGAACCGGCAACUCCGAGGUCAAGCUCAAAGUCUCCCGCUGCGAUGCAUGAUCACCAGGCAUCGUCGACCUCUUUGACGCACGUCUAUGACGAAGUUCGCGAAACCACGAAGAAAUACCUGGGAAGCGCCUCACACUCUAGAAGUGCCCCUGCCCCCAGAGGUCGCAGCCCCCCCCGAGGUCGCAGUCCCAUUGCCAAAGGAGAACCUGUAGUUCGCCAUGGGCCCAUGUUGACUUACUACUGUGGAUUUCGCGAAGUUGCGGAGGCCAUCAGAGAAACCGCCUUUGUGGCCAGUGAACUGCCCGUUAUCAUUAGUUUUGAGAUGCAUGCAGAUCUGGAGCAACAGGAGGUCAUGGUCAACAUCAUGGAAGAGGUAUGGGAAGACAUGCUCCUCGGAUCUCCCCACGACGAGUGCGAUCCCCAAUCUCAAGUACCGCGGCUGGAGCAGCUGCGUGGCAAAAUUCUCAUCAAGGCCAAGAGGGCACACGAAACCUCGUCACAGCCUUUCACGUCCAUCUCCGCGCCGACAACACAGAUGGAAUUCGGCCAUGACUGCGAAUUGCCGCAACCCCAUGCCAAGCUGGGAAAAUCCUUGUCUGCCUCUGCGACGUCCGCUCCGCCUCACGACUCGAAUUCGAAAGUACCAAUCCAUGAAAAGCUCAAAAAUCUGGCAAUCUAUACUCGAGGUGUCAAGUUCGAAGGUCUAGACACGAAGCAAGCGGCCCAGCCUAACCACAUCUUUUCCAUAAGCGAGGACGACAUUUUCAACCUUGACCAAAAACACCAUCGCGCCAUGUUUUUGCACAACAAGAGCUUCUUCAUGCGGAGCUAUCCAGAUGGCCUCAAGAGGGUCAACAGCUCGAAUUAUAACCCCGCCUACUUUUGGCGUAAGGGCGUGCAGAUGGUUACCAUGAACUGGCAGUAUCCCGACGAUGGCAUGAUGCUCAACUACGGCAUGUUUGCUGAUGAAUUGGGCUGGGCUCUCAAGCCGCCUGGUUAUCGAAACUCCGACACUUCGAGCCAGACGCAGCACGAGGCGGCCACCGUACGCACCAUGGACCUAGCCCUGACCAUCUUCAAGGCGCAGCACAUACCCGUCAAGGGCGCCGGGGACGACGCCGAGCGACACGGCGCCGCGUUGCACACCUUUACCAGGGCCGAGAUUCGCACGGGAAGAUUCAUAGAUUUCAAAAAGGACAGCACGCUCACGGACGAUACGCACGCCAAGAAGACGCAGGUCUACAAGUCAGACCAUCCUUCGUUUGGCAGAUCUGGCGAGACGCUGACGUUCCAUGACAUUCCACACGUCGUGGAGGAGUUAAGCUUUCUGCUAAUCAAGAUUGACGAGGUGGGCGUCACUGGCGUCAUCAACUGGCCGACGCGGGCAUGGGCGUGCAUACGACUGGACCGGCUCCAACCAGGCUAUCGGUUCAUCCAGUUGAUGGAUAUGGCAGGCCAUCCUGUUAAACAGGGCCGGUUGUUCGUCAAGGUCGUCAAAAAGCUUCGGUGA